AUGAACUUUGCAGAGGAAGAGGGCUCUAAGAGAUACUGCAUUCAAACCAAACAUGUGGCUAUUAUCUGUGCGGUGGUGGUGGGUGUGGGGUUAAUAGUAGGACUUUCCGUGGGCUUGACCCGAUCGUGUGACUCCACCGACGGCACAGCUCCGGCGCCAUCCCACCUUCCUCCCGGGACUAGCCCUUCAGCCCUUCCUCCCACGGCCAGACCUUCAGACGUCCCUCCCCAGGACCCCAGCGCCUGUCCUGCCAGUGAAGAUGACAGUGGAGAUUGGAAACAUUUCAGACUGCCGGACACCGUCAACCCCGUACACUACGACCUGGAGGUGAAGCCCAUGAUGGAGCAGGACACGUACACCGGCAGAGUGACCAUCUCCAUCAACGUGAGCGCACCCACGCAUUACCUGUGGCUGCACCUGCGGGACACCUGGAUCACCCGGCUCCCCGAGCUCAAGAAGCCCUCGGGGGAGCAGGUGAAGCUCAGGAGGUGCUUCGAGUAUAAAAAGCAAGAGUAUGUGGUGGUGGAGGCCGAAGAAGAGCUGGCCCCCGUCGGUGACAAAGGUCCCUACCUCCUGACCAUGGAGUUCGCUGGCUGGCUGAACGGCUCCCUGGUGGGGUUUUACAGAACCACCUACGUGGAGAACGGGCAAGUCAAGAGCAUAGCGGCCACUGACCAUGAACCAACAGAUGCCAGGAAAUCCUUCCCAUGUUUUGAUGAGCCCAACAAAAAGGCGACUUACACCAUAUCCAUCAUCCACCCCAAAGACUAUCAGGCACUUUCAAAUAUGCCCAUGGAGAUAACAGAGUCAGUGGAUGACCAAUGGAUGCGAACAACUUUUCAGAAGUCUGUUCCCAUGAGCACUUACCUGGUGUGCUUUGCUGUACAUCAAUUUGCCUCCAUAACGAAAAUGUCAGAAAGUGGAAAACCUCUCACUAUUUAUGUCCAGCCAGAGCAAAAGCACACAGCUGAGUAUGCUGCAAACAUAACUAAAAUUAUAUUUGAUUAUUUUGAAGACUACUUUGCUAUCAAUUAUUCUCUUCCUAAAUUAGAUAAAAUCGCUAUUCCAGACUUCGGCACUGGUGCCAUGGAGAACUGGGGACUUGUCACUUACAGAGAAACAAACCUGCUUUAUGAUCCUCAGGAAUCAGCCUCAUCCAACCAACAGAGGGUGGCCACUGUGAUUUCCCACGAACUUGUGCAUCAGUGGUUUGGAAAUAUUGUAACCAUGGACUGGUGGGAAGACUUGUGGCUGAAUGAAGGAUUUGCUUCUUUCUUUGAAUUCCUGGGAGUAGACCAUGCAGAAAAAGAGUGGCAAAUGCGUGACCAGAUAUUACUUGAAGAUGUAUUACCUGUACAAGAGGAAGAUUCUUUACUGUCUUCACACCCAAUAGUCGUCACCGUGACAACCCCUGAUGAAAUAACAUCUGUUUUUGAUGGAAUAUCCUAUAGCAAGGGAGCUUCUAUUCUUAGAAUGCUUGAAGACUGGAUAACACCAGAUAAAUUUCAAAGAGGAUGUCAGAUUUACUUGGAAAGAUUCCAAUUCAGGAAUGCAAAGACUUCAGAUUUUUGGGAAGCACUGGAAGAGGCAAGUGAGAAGCCGGUGAGAGAAGUAAUGGACACCUGGACUAGACAGAUGGGUUAUCCUGUGCUAAAUGUGAAUAAAACAAGCGUCACACAGAAGCGUUUUCUGUUGGACUCAAGAGCUGAUCCUUCCCAGCCACCUUCAGAUUUUGGUUACACAUGGAAUAUUCCAAUUAAAUUGACUGAAAAUGAUGUACCACUCAGUGCCUUCUACAAUAGGUCAGAAAAAGAAGGAAUCACUUUGAACCCUUAUGAUCCUAGUGGAAAUACUUUUCUCAAAAUAAAUCCAGAUCAUAUUGGGUUUUAUCGUGUAAAUUAUGAAAAACUAACUUGGGACCGGAUCACUGAGGAUCUUCUCUUAAACCACUCGCAAUUUUCUUCGGCUGACCGUGCAAGUUUUAUUGAUGAUGCUUUUGCCUUGGCAAGAGCUCAACUGCUGGGUUAUGAUGUGGCUCUGAACUUGACCCGGUAUCUCAAAAUGGAAGAGAACUUUUUACCAUGGCAGAGAGCCAUUUCAGCUGUAACUUACAUCAUUAGCAUGUUUGAAGAUGAUAAAGAGCUAUACCCCAUGAUUGAGAAAUACUUCCAAGAUCAAGUGAAGCCCAUUGCAGAUUCUCUGGGAUGGGAUGAUACUGGCAACCACCUCACAAAGUUACUCCGUGCCUCUGUGUUAGGGUUUGCCUGCAAGAUGGGAGAACCAGAAGCCUUGAAUAAUGCUUCCCAGUUAUUUGAGGACUGGAUAAGGACAGGCAAGAGCAUUCCUGUAAAUCUCCGUCUUUUGGGUUAUCGGUAUGGAAUGCAGAACUCUGGAAAUGAAGCUUCAUGGAACUAUACUCUAGAGCAAUACCAGAAAACUUCAUUAGCGCAAGAAAAAGAAAAACUGCUCUAUGGAUUAGCAUCAGUGAAAAAUGUUACUCUUUUGGCAAGGUAUUUGGAUUUGCUCAAGGACCCAAACCUUAUUAAAACUCAGGAUGUGUUUACAGUCAUUCAAUAUAUCUCCUAUAAUAGCUAUGGGAAGAGCAUGGCAUGGAAUUGGAUACAGCUCAACUGGGAAUACCUAGUCAACAGAUUUACACUCAAUAACAGAAACCUUGGCCGGAUUGUCACUAUAGCAGAGCCAUUCAACACUGAAGUACAACUCUGGCAGAUGCAGAGCUUUUUUGGAAAAUAUCCAGAAGCUGGAGCAGGAGAAAAACCUAGGGAACAAGUGGUGGAAACAGUGAAAAACAAUAUUGAGUGGCUAAAACAGAAUAGAGAGACCAUAAAAGAAUGGUUUUUUAACUUAUCAAAUAACAGUUAAUAUGUUCAAAUGUCAUAUUUUUUAAAUUUGUGAAGUUGUUGUUUUUCCUAUUAAGCAUUUGAUGGUCUAAAUUUAGAAGCACUAAGGAGAGAUCCUUAUGAAUGGAUACUGCUUUUGCUAAGUACUGUGUUGAUGUCUU